UUGGCAAAAAGACGAAGAAAAGAAGAAACUCAGGCCAAAAAAAAAAAGAAAAGAGCCUCAUAGUCAUAAUUAUUCACGAGUUACACUAGUUCUGUCGUGUCGUGUUGUGCUUAUAUCUGGAUAUUUUAUUAGUUUUCAUUUUCGGCCUCGCCUUCGGGGAACGAAGGAAUUGUAUUUUCGUUGAGGCAAUUCGCCGGGCACCAAAUCGUCCGAAUCAACCUGAUGGGGUUCCACGUAGUGGCUCUAGUGAAGCUCCACCUGAAACUGAGCUCCCACGGUCUCCGCCCAGCAUUGGCUUGGAUGGCAUGGCCUCUCUCGCUUAAGCUCUUGUAUAGUCUGAGAAUCGUGCGCGAAGCUUUCUCCGACACCGCUUACUCAUUGAGGCUCUCCCUGUUUCAGUUGGCUCAGAUUGCUUUCCACAGUGAAUCGCUUCCCUACGCCACCAGAUUCCGGCGAGCUCUUCGCUUAAUUGGUGGAAGAGCCUUCGCUUCCAGACCCGCACAGACCUCGGAGCUUGACCCCUUGCCGGAGAGCCUUCACACACUCUCUCUUCUCUCUCUUUAAUCCCCUUCUUUCUCUUCUGUUAUAUGUCUUGCUUAGUUUGGUUUGGUUAUAUGUAACUGUUUGUGUCUUUGAUCUUGUGAAAUUAAAAAACAUUUCCAAAUUUUCGGGAGGCAGAGAUUGAUCAUAUCAUGUGUGGGUACAGUGGAUCAUUCUUUUUCUCCGACGAGGAACUUCGUCAACGAAUUCGGAUGCGAGUCGGUGCUCUUUCAGUUAUGCGGAGAUCCUGCGUCACUGUGGCAAGUGGCACCUACGUCGCUGUCUCUGGGGCCCCCGUGUUGGCGAAGGUUUCAACCGAGGCAGGUCUAUUUGAGUGCUGCUUCUGUAUUUUCCUUUUUUCUUAUUUUUUCCCCCUUUUUCAUAUUUCUCCUUGUUGCUUCUAAUUUGUAAUUUAUAUGUAAAUUAUAUUUGAUGGCCUUUUUAAACUAUAUAUGCAUAUAAGAAUAGAUUGGUAUUAUUACUUUAA